AUGAUAACUCAGCAGGAUUCUGACACCAGAGAGGAGAUGGAUCCCAGACAGGAACUGCUCUGUGAAGAUUUUGGCUCCGACCACAUCUGUCUCCUCUACCACACAGAAGUGCGCUGGCUCUCCCGGGGGCCCAACUGCACUGUCACAGAGUUCAUCUCGAAGCUGGGAGCAUUUGCCCGGAAGUUGGAUCUGUGGAUGAAGAACGUGGAGAGCAAACGCUACGGAAUGUUCGAACUCCUGACUACCCUUGAGAGCGAGCCCAGUGAUGAAUUAGCCCAAGAAAUCGUCCAUCACCUCUCACUGCUCAAGGCUGAAUUGAAGCAUUAUUUCCCGGAUGUGACAUGUUGUGCCUACAUCGCCAAUCCGUUCUCCGUUGAUCCAGCCAAUCAGCCUGUCGGGACCGGGGAACAAGAGGAACUCAUAGACAUCCAGGCUGAUGAGACAGCAAAGACGAAGCACAAAGAAUGCUCACCUUUAAACUUCUGGGUAAGCAUGGCCUCCUCGUACCCAACGUUAGCCCGUCACGCUGUUCCCCAGCUACUGAUUUUCCCCUCGACGUGGGAGUGCGAACAGGGGUUCUCAGCCUUCAUGACCAUCAAGUCGAAGAGCCGGAACCGUCUUGCUGCUCCCGGGCAUGAUUUCCGAUGUGCUGUGAGCAAAGUCAUGCCCCGCAUUGACCAGCUGGUGGAGAAGAAGCAGAUGCAGCCCUCGCAUUGA